AUGCCACGCGAUUUCCUAGCCGACAAGACCCUGGAAUCGAUGCCCCAGUUGUCACGAGAGUCAGCUGCUACGAGUCCUCCACCCGAGAAGUCCAAGGCGAAUUCCUAUGGCACGUCCUUGGUCCGUGUCGAAGACCCAUUCAAGAAGAUGGCGAACAAGAAAAUUCACCCCUUCUCCUCAUUACUUAGUGUGGAAGACCUAGACGACUGCGAUUGGCUUGAGCACGCCGCCUUCGACCCAAUUGAGGCGGCGUCACGGGAGAAGAUCGAGUACCGACUACGAACAUGCGGUGAACUCUGCACGGGUCUCUUUUCCUCCGCUUAUCCGACCGCUCCGGGAGCUCUAGGCGCCAUACAGAAAACGCGUGCUUUCGCGUCUAUUGACUCGAGUGACUCGGACAGGAAGCGCAUUCUUCUAGGUCACAUCAUCAGUACCAAGUCAGCCUCCAAGCUUGUCACAGACGACUCAAUGGACUACCCCAAGGAUUUUCGCGCAAACUACCAGCUUACACCCAGCAUCGGCCACAACGAGGAUGGCGAGACCAUUUGUCUGCACUCACUAUGCGUGCACCCAGAUUUUGCGAGCCAAGGUUUGGGUCAGAUGCUUCUGAAGAGCUAUGUGCAGAGGAUCAAGGACUCAGGAGUAGCGAAGAGAAUUGCGCUGCUCUGCAGAGAGCGACUGGUUGGCUUCUAUCAGAAGGCUGGAUUCGAGAAGGUGGGCCCGAGCAAGUGCCAGUAUGGAGGUGGCAACUGGUACGACAUGAUCAUUGAGUUCGAUGGAGGCUUCGGGCACAAUGAUGACGACUUUUGA